CGUUGACUUAGGCAAGGUUGUAUAGGCUGUGCUAGAACUAACUGGCCGGCGCUGGACAGAGGGCGAGGAAUCUGUGCAAGCCAUAACGUGAGGAAGCACGGCACGCUAUGCGGAGAACUAUAUUGGACUCUUAAGUCAGCAUGAGUUACCGCCGACCAAUGACAACAUGCUAAACCGCUGGUAGUCCAAUUUGGGCGUUUUAAGGAGGAAGUCCUGCCUCAUUAAGCUCAUGGAACUAGUAUCUGCUGAAGCAGUGGCGUUGGAAGAGCUUGGAUUACAGUGGGCGUCUCUGACUGAUGCCAUACUAGAACGUGUCGGUUGCGAGCUUCCGCUGCGUGAUAUCCUCUCCGCCCGCCUGGUUUGCCGCCAAUGGCGCCAGCACGUGGGGUCCAUGGUCACCCACUUGCCACACGCGCAUCAGCCGGGUCAGCGCGACUUGGCGGAGCUGGACGCGCAGCCCAAACAGCGGGGCCACGUGUGGGAUGCAGCGCUGGCAGGCCUCACCGCCUGCCUUCCUCGCCUUUCCGAGGUCAUGGUGUACGCGGGCAGUCGCGUCUCCUCCGCGGUUCUAGGCGCGCAACUGCUCAGCCUGCCGGCCCGCCUGCCCGGCCUCACCAAGCUGGAGCUGCGCUUCCUGCAGCCCGACGGCAGAGACGCGGUGCUGGGGGAGCGCCUGCAGCAGCUGCAGCCGGCGCUCAGCAGCCUUACGGGUCUGCGCACGCUGUACCUCAUCAUGGGCGACUCCCCCGAGGCCUCCCAGCUCCCCCUCGUGCUGCCCCCGCUGACCGCCCUGCGCGACCUGAAGCUCCUAUCGGGGCGAGAUGCCUACGGCCUGGGCGCCUCGGAGCUGGCGGCGCUGGCCUCCGCCGCCUGCCCGCAGCUGCAGCGGCUGCAAGUUGAGCUCCUUCUGGAAAACGAGGAGUUCUGGCCGCCGGGGAUGGAGGAGGCGCUGCGGGCGGUGGCGCCGCUGCGGGGGCUGCACUGCCUGCAGCUGGAUGCCUCGGCGGUUAGUCUGGGGCCGGAGGAGGUGGAGGCGUUGCGGGAGCUGCGGGAGCUGCAGGAGCUCAGUCUGGUGGUGAACUACCCCGACCACCUGGCCGACCUCUUCUCGCACCCCACCCUGGAGCGGCUGAGCCUGCACUACCAGAGCUUCGACGUCCCCAUACCGCACGACAUGGAGCCGCCGCUGCUGCCGCCGCCGCAGCAGCAGCCGCCGCCGCAACUGCACGAAGACGAGGAGGACAGCGAACAUGAGGAAGACAGCGAGGACGAGGGUGCCCAGGGUCCCGGCACCGUCAUGUGGCUGACGCUGGCAAUGCGAAUGCUAGAUCAGCUGGUGCAGGGAAUUGUAAAGCGGCCGGUUCUGCAGUCCCUGAACGUGUCAUGCUGCACCUUGAAUGCGGAUUUGCUGUCUCGGCUGGCGUUGCUGACCCCACUGACGUCCUUGAGUUUGGAAGACUGCACUUGGACCAGGUUGCAAGAUCCGAACGGGGCCAACCACAGCGAUGCAGCAGCCGUACGGCAACGCCGUACUAGGCCUUGGGCCGCGCUGACCAGCUUGACCCGGCUAAAAUGCCUGCACUUGCAAAUCAACGGAGCGCCUCCCAUUCCGGAAGGUGACGUUACGGCGCUUGCGGCUGCCCUGACUGACCUCAGAUCGCUAAAGGUAUUUAAUCCGAUGCAUCGGGUUUGGCAACCACGCCUGCCGCCGGUUAACUUCAACGCCUACGUGUCCAACUGGCGGCAGUUGGAAUCCCUGGAGCUGUGCAGUCCCUUUCCCUACGACCCACGGGUCACGCUCGACGCGGCGCUCCUGCCGCCUAGCCUCACCAACCUCAACCUAGCCCACCUGACCCUUACCAGGGGCUCCUCCUGCUGCGCCAGAGCAGCAACUAGCGAGCCAGCCGGCGACAAUUCCUCCUCCUCCUUCGAGGCACCAGCGAUGAUUCCAGAUGCGGGCGCAGCAGAGCAGCAGCACCACCACCACCGCCACCAGCAGCAGCAGCAGCAGGCCGCCACCUCGCCACCCGACCGCAGCAGCGAUGCCCCCAGCGGACCUGCACCCAGCCUGCCGGCCCUCCCUGCGCUUGAGAACCUGGCGUUGAGGUAUGUCCGGCUGCGGCCCGGCGUGUCGCUGGGGGCGUUGCUGGGCGCCGCACCCGGCCUGCGGAGCCUGGAGGUGGGCCACACGCUGCCCAGGCUCACGGAUGGCUGCUGCGCGGCGUUUUCCGCCCUGACAGCCCUCACCACGCUGCGUGUGGAGCAGGUGGCGAGGGUGUGCAAUGCGAUGGUGGCGGCAGGGGCGGGAGCCCCGGCAUGCGAGCAGCGCCGGGACAAAGGAGGCGAGCAGCAGGAGGAGGGGGCGGGCGAGCAGGAGGGGGCUGCGGACGGGGCUUCAGUGGAAAAGGGUGCGGGUGGUGAGGCGGGUUAUGGUGGCGGUGGCUGGUUGUCAGGUGCAGGUCUGACAGCGCUAACGGGGCUCCGAAACUUGAGGCAGCUGCGGUGGCUACCGUACGCUGGCGGGAAAGUACAACCAGAGCAGGUGGAGGUGCUGUCAUCGCUGCAGCGGCUGCAGCUCUUGUCGCUGCCGGCUUAUGGGUUGGAUGAUGACAUGGGGAAGGCGGUGUUGGAGACGGUGCGAGAGAAGCUGCCUUUGUGCGAUGUUAUCGAGUUGGUGCGGGGGUCCAGUCCGGAUGAUAUGGAGUAAGGGUCUUCUGCGUGACGUUGUGACAUGCGACCAAGUUCCAUAACAUGCUCUGGUGUCUGAUGUCAGACGGGAGGUGCAGCUGUUGUCCGCGUGGGGUCACAGCGGCGGUCUUGCUUUUUCGGCAAUACGGACGAAGGAAGGUUGCGUGUUCAAGGAGUGUGCACUCCGUACG